AUGACACAACAGUGGAAUGGUGGUUUGCAUCCUCAAGGGGUUCCACAGGUAGCUGCAGGUGGUAGUUUCCGAGAUUUCUUCCGCAUGAAUCCUCUGGAAUUCCAUGGUGGGCUGAAUCCUGUGAAGGCUCAGGAGUGGAUAACCGGCAUGGAAAGGAUUUUUCGAAUAGUGCAUUGUAGUGAAGAAAAUAAGGUUGUGUUUGCUUCUCACAUGAUGAAGGGUCCAGCUAUGAUAUGGUGGGAAAGUGUUUCGACUCUUAUGACCAAUCAAGGAAUACCCAGGGAUUGGGAGCAUUUUAAGACUAUUUUCAUGGAUAAGUAUUUUCCUAGUUCUUUGAGGACUCAGAAAGAGUUUGAAUUUCAACAGCUUAGGCAGGGUACUAUGUCAGUAGCUACGUAUGCUGAAAAGUUUGAAGAUAUGGCUGCUUAUUCUAGACAAGCCGCGUACGCACCUGAUGAGAGUUUGAAGAUAGUUCAAAAAGAAAGGGAUCAGUACAGGAGUGGACAAAGAGACCAAGGAAGGCCAGGUAGCCAGUUUAGGCCUAGAUCUCAGGCUUUCAAGGGAAAACAGGUGCAAAAUGCAAGACCUAACCAACCUCCUCAAUGUCAAUUAUGUAAGAAGUAUCAUCUUGGAAAAUGUGUUAUAAGUCGAAUUAGGUGUUUUACUUGUCAGAGGGAGGGACACAUGUCUAGGGAAUGUCCUCAGAAUAGGAAUCAGAUGCAGGGAAGGAGUACCGGUCGAGUUUAUACUUUGGAUGCAAGGAAGGCUAAGAGAAACAAUGCCUUAAUUGUUGGUACGUGUCUCGUCAAUAAUCAUCCUUGUUUUGUAUUGUUUGAUUGUGGGGCGACACACUCUUUUGUAUCAAUUCGGUGCAUGGAGCGUCUCGGCUUGCAAGAAAUUCCCUUAUCUCCUCAUAUGAUGGUUACUACCGCCAUGGAUGAUGUGGUUGAGACACCGUUGAUUUGUGAAAAUUGUUCGCUCUCGAUGAAUGAGAAGUUGAUUAUCAUUCCAUCUAGUGAAGCUACUCCAAAGGAUGUGCUAACUACUAUCUUGGAAGGUACGGUUGGCAUGGUUAAUUUCUUAUUUGAGAAUGAAAAGCCAGUUCUCUUGGUUCUUACCAAGGAACCUAGCGAUAAUCUGAGUGUUACACAAAUCCCUUUUGUUUGUGAAUUUCUGGAAGUUUUUCUUGAGGAUGUCUCCUCUCUUCCUCCUGAAAGGGAAGUGGAAUUCUCUAUUGAUCUGAUACCUGGGACGGCUCCAAUCUCUGUCUCUCCGUAUUGCAUGGCGCCACUAGAGUUGAGAGAGUUGAAGAAUCAAUUGGAAGAGUUGUUAAUCGAGCAUUUUAUCUGA